AUAAACAAGAAAUAACCCGGCACUGCUCGGCUUAAAUUAAGCUUGCUCAAGGUUGGAUCUCUAAACUUCGCUUUUUUAAUGUCUGACCUUCGAAAUACUUUUGAAUACUCCAGAAAUUACCCGCGCUCCUCUCCUAAAAUGAUAUUUUCAUAAAAUUCGAUCCCUCAACUUCGCUUUUUUAAUAUAUAUAGUAAAUAUGGUAUUUUUUCAGGGUAUUUAGACUUCGAUACUUGACAGACAACAGUUUUUUCUUGUUUUAACGAGUUUCUAGCUAGCUUAAUAUGUAAUUUAAAGCCCAAACAAAUCGUUUAAGUUGCGAAGGACAAUAUAAUACCAAAGAGAAACCGAUUCCCCCUUCAUGUAUAAUAUAUAUAUAAUGCCGAUAGGCCCCAUAAAAUAGUUUGUAGCGCCCAAUGAAAAUGCAAGCAGCUGAAAAGAAUGUUUUGGCAUGUUUAGAAGUCAGCUAAGAGUCGAACUGACUGUAGGACUGUCUGUCUGUCUGACUGCCAGUCUGUCUGCCUGUCUGUUAGUCAGUCGCCCCAAAAGCGCUUUAAAUAAACAAACUAAUAGCUGAAAUCACGAAGCAAUAGAGCCAAAGCCUAAUAUCCGAGCGGGACGGCGAUAAGGAUGUGCGAGCGAGAGGCAGCUAUCUAUGGGCACGGGCCCUGUCUUGGGCCAGGUCUAUGGCAACCGCGCCAACCAUUUGCCAUAUGUAUAACCCGAAUAAACAAACUAAUAAAACAUGCCCCGAUGCCCGACGACAAAUACCUCAAAAGACUGAAACAGAAGGACAAGAGCAGACCAGGUGCUCCACAGAGCAGCAGCAGGAGCAACAGAGGAGCCAAUCGAAUUGUCAUUGAAAUCGAAACCGAAAAAUUAGAUAACUGCCAAGCAGCAGAGAAAAAACACUUUCAGUUCCGGGAUAGAGGUCAUCGAUUCCUGUCAUGUCCGUGGCUGUGGUGCCGCAUCGAUUAUGAAACUCGAAGGUGGAAGCCCAACACACGCAGGCAACGGGCCAGGCCACGGCUACGGCGGCAACAAUUGCCCGGCGUCGCACGCUCAUCUCCAUGGCAAAAUGUCCCGGCCGUUCCAUGCUAAACGAUGAGCCGCCCGAGCCGCAGCAACCGCAAUCGCAAGUGCAACCACAACCGCAACAAAACUAUUUACCUCAAACAUCUUUGCUGAAAAUCGAACCGUUUGUUCCUAGUUUUAAUCAACGUCUGCGCCGGCGUCCCAUUGGCCGCUCCCACAGCACCCUCAGCCACCAUGUUAUACAGAAGCGCAUCCCAGUCGCCGUUCAGCCUCCGACGGAGCUGCUCGUUGGACAGCAGCAGCAGCAGCAGCAGCCGCAGCAACUCCGGCGCAGCUACGCUCCGGCGCAGCAUCGGCUGCAGCGCGGCACCGUCACGCGGCAGCGCUCCAAGUCCACCUCCUCAUCGGCGGCCUCCACCAGCUGUCGGCCGGCAACAUCUGCCGCCGCCUCCUCUGGAACAACUGUUGGUGCUGUUGUCGCCGCUGCAACGCCACACACGCUGGUGGGCAGCACGGGCGGCACUUUGGUCAGCGGCGCAAUUGUCACGCCCCAACCGAACGGGAUUUGUCGCAUACAGCGUCUGGCCAAGGAGCGGGAGGAGCUGCCCGACCGCAUCAACUACGAUCGCCGAGGUCUAACUGCCAUACCCAUAUUCGAGCAGGAGCCCAACCUGCGGCUGCUUUCGCUGCAGCACAAUCUGAUCAACACCUUUCACAUUCCCAAGGAGCUGCCAGUGGUACAGCCUGCUCCACAGCCACAGCCUACGCCGCGCGACCAGAGCCAGCAGAGCAACCAGAGUGUAUGCAGUAAAGGCGCGCCGGAGCCGCGUUCCGGACUACGUGGACAUGCGACAUAUUCGCGUCUGACGCGCACCAUGAGCCAUGUGAGCAAUGGGCGUUUGUCGUCGCCCAACUCGGGCAGUCCCUGCUCGGGCAGCCCGCUGACGGCCCAGGCGGUGGCCAUCAAUGGCGGCGCCGCAUAUCGCUCCAAGCUAACGAAACGGGGCUUCAACUAUGCCCAGGCACAGCUGACGCCGCCGCCGGCACUGCGGCUGCGCCACGGCCUGGAGAAGUCGAAGAGCUUUGUGUCCAACAGCCUGCAGCAGCAGCUGAUGCAGCGCCGCCAGCUGCUCCGCCGAGCGCAGGGCGGUGGCCUGCCCCUGGCGGGCGCAGCGAGGACUUCAGAGCUGCAGCUGCAACAGAGCUGCGAUGAGAGCAGCGUUCAGUCGCUCGGCGGGCCAGGAGGAGGAGCUGGCGAGGAGGAGGAGCCGCACAGUCUGGCCUCUAGCUCCUCGCAGCUGGAGCAGCUGAGCAUUAAGAACAAACAGCUGAGCCUGAGCGCCUGCUACGGCAACAUCUUCCAUCAGCUGGUCUUCCUGGAUCUCUACGACAAUCAGAUCGAGCGCAUCGCCAAUCUGGAUGGAUUACCCUCGCUCUCGGUUCUGCUGCUGGGCAAGAAUCGCAUUACGGACAUUGGUGGCCUGGCCGCGCUGAAGGCGACGCUGCGCGUGCUGGAUUUGCACGGCAAUAAGCUGACCAGCCUGGGCAGCCGGAUCAGCUGUCUGCAUCAGCUGAAAUCCCUCAAUCUGGCCGGCAAUCAGAUCCGGCAGAUCAAUCAGCAGGAUUUCCACGGGCUACGCUGCCUGCGCGAGCUAAACCUAAAGCGCAACAAGCUGCGGCGCAUCAAUGGCUUCCAGCAUCUGCUAGCGCUGGAGCGGCUCUGGCUGUGCCACAACGAGCUGCAUCGCGUCGACGAUAUGGCCAGCAUAGCGCGUGCCGUCCGCCUGCUGGAGGUGACCAUCGAGAAUAAUCCCGUCUCGUUGGCCGGGGAUUGUGUAUCGUUUCUGGUCUCGCAUUUGCCGCUGCUGCAGUCGCUCAGCCAGAUGCCUAUCACGGAGCAGGUGCGUCGUGCCGCCCUGGCCUGGCGCCAGCACAAGGAGCAGGCGCUAGCGACGCACGGCAGCCGGCGCGAGGAGGUCAUCUCGAAUGCGCGCACCAACUGGGAGCUGUUACGCUCGCAGCAAACGCUGGGCAGGCCCAAGGGCAAGCUGACGAGCGAGCUGGCCAAGAUCAAUGAGUCCAACGAGGCGGCCGUCGCCGAGGAGCCGGAGCAGCCCCGCGACGAGCUCGCCGAGCUGCAGGCGCUAUUCAAGCUCCCGCUCAUUGCGCAGCAGAAGCCCAAGCUGGAGGGGGAGGACGCCUCGUCGACGGCCUCCAGUCUGGGACCCAAUGUGGACUCCUGCUCUAGCUGCUAUAGCACGGACAACGAGGAGGCCAGCCGGCAGCUAAAGUUAUCCCAGCCACAGAUCGACGAGAAUUGCAACAAGCUGAGUACAGCUCCUCCAGCUCCUCCCCCUCCUCCUCCUGCUCCUCUUCCAUCCACUUCUUCCACGCCGCCCGCUCUGACCUUGACGCCGCCCGCUACCGGGACGCCUGUGCCCGCUGCCACGCCCACGCCAACACCACCGCCCUCCACUGUGACGCUGCCCUUGCCCGCACCUGCUGCCACGCCCACCAACAGCACCUGUCCCGGCAGCGGCAACAGCAAGCAACGCCUGCGCCAAACGACGCCCAUCGCUCAGCUGGGCCUGCAGAUGAACCGGGGCAAUACGCCCGGCUGCAAGCGCUACAUGACCGGCAGCCUAGUGCGCUCCCAGACGAUCAGCAGCAGCAGCGCCAGCAACAGCAGCAGCUCCAACAGCGCGGGACGCGCCAAGCAGAGCCACAACAAUGUGGCCAACGUCGUCUCCCUGAUGCCGCCGCAGAGCAAGGCGGCGGCGCCAGGAGCUGCUCCGCCUGCAUCACCAGCCACGUCCACACCCAUGACCGUGUCCAAGCCGAGCGCCGCGGAGCGUGAACGAGAGCAGGGCGGCGAUUAUCUGAUAGAGAUCUGCGGCAGAUACCUGAAUAUCUAUGGGCAGGGCGCGCUCCGUUUUAUCGACAAGCAAUGGAAUCCAGCGAAGGCGAACGAUGUGCACACCCUGAACUUUAGCUACAUCAAUUUCAACAGCAUUGUCUGCAUGCUAGGCAGGAUUAAGAUACGUUUCCCGCAUGCCGAGCAUUUCGUGUUCCGAGAGACGAACAUCAUGAGCUUGGGCCAGCUGAAUGCGCUGGCCGAGCUGCAAGGUCUCAGCUCGCUGCUGAUCGAUGCCGAGGGCAAUGCCAUCACGGGCAAGCCGGACUGGCGUGCCUAUGCCAUCUACAGGCUGUCCCAUUGGGGUCUCAAGCAGCUCAAUGGCCAGGACGUGAGCGAGGAGGAGACGGAGCAGGCGAAUGCCAUGUACACGGGUCUCUCCAAUCUGGUACUGUGGUCCAUGCCCGAGGGCAUGCUGCAGCCGCUGUUGGCGCGGUUGCGACUGGACGAGAGCUGCACGGCCAGCAAGCUGUCGCCCAAGGAGUGGCUGCUACGGCCCGAAAACAAAUCUCUGCGCCUGGUCGUCGGCAAGGAGGCAUUGCAGUGGAAAAAGACGACAACCACGACAACUGGUGUGGAGGGUGGUCACACUGCGAUGGCGCCCAGUGCCCGGGAUCGAGGCAGGCAGCACUUCGCGCUGCUGCUGGAGAAUACUUGCAACGCUGUCGAGAAGCUGCACAAGCUGGAGACGCUCUGGCCAAGCAUGCUGCUGGAUAUUGUGCGCAAUACGCUGCUCGAUUAUGCCCAGCUGGAUGUCUAUCUGCGCAAUCUGAUGGCCGAGCUGAUGAAGUGACACGGAGCAGGCCAACUGCCAGGCAAGGGCCAAUUUAGAACUGUGAUUAAAGAUCUAGAGUCUUGCAGACGUUAAAUCAGACUCGGAUACUUAAGCGAACCGACGUUUGAUCUGCUAUACAACACAUUCGACUUAAACGUGUUCGACUGCAACACACACGCCUAGUUCGAACCCAAACGAAAUGUUCGUACCGCACCGAAUAUUUGUUGGAGUAUUCAAAAACGCUUCGGUUGACUCGAUGAAGGACUCGACUGGAACAUGUUCGAGCUAAACACAAAAAUGAUUAGUUCGAACUCAACCGAAAUGUUCGAGCUUGAAGCUCGAUUAACGCACCGAACAUUUGUUUGAGUAUGCGUAAGGCAGGACUCUACUUCAGGCUUAAUCCCACUAGAAGGAAUUCCCAGUUGGAGCAGUGUUUGCUCGCGUCAGGUUUGUAGAUGUUUUGUUUUAGACUUAAACGCUUUUAGUGGAGAAUUGGCAUCCAAAAAACAAGUUAACCUUAUUCCCAUGAUCCUAGGCAUUUACCCCCAAAAUAACCCCAAUGUAACCAAUUCUUGUAAGGCAGCAAGCCUGCACAUAUAUAGUCCAAUUUUUAUAUAAAUUUAACAA